AGUGCGGCAUCUCUCCCAGUCCCACGCCUCUCUUUCCUCAACCCCUAUCCCCUAUCCCCUAUCCCCACCCCCAGCUCCAAGAUCAUCCGGCUUAACCCAUUCUGCACCAAAGGCCCACGGAGUUCUAAGGUGCGGAUAAUUAACCCGUCUCCUUCUAACCCGGCUAAAUAGUCUCACUUUAGGCUAAAGCCUCACACUUUCGCCUUAAAGCCCCUGGCCCCUUACGCGCAGACAGGUAGGGGGAGUGCGAAUACUACUGGAUCCUAGGAAAUUGGUUCCCAAGAAGGCUCCUUCCAGGAUCGACCGCUACGGAGAAGUGUUCCAGGAGCCCUCCGUUCUGCGGGGUGACAAUUAGCCAAAGAUUAUUUCUCUUUAUUCAGAAGCAUACAGUUGUUUGCUGAUUGCAAGAAGAUGUUUCUUUGGCUGUUUCUGAUUUUGUCAGCCCUGAUUUCUUCGACAAAUGCAGAUUCUGACAUAUCGGUGGAAAUUUGCAAUGUGUGUUCCUGCGUGUCAGUUGAGAAUGUGCUCUAUGUCAACUGUGAGAAGGUUUCAGUCUACAGACCAAAUCAGCUGAAACCACCUUGGUCUAAUUUUUAUCACCUCAAUUUCCAAAAUAAUUUUUUAAAUAUUCUGUAUCCAAAUACAUUCUUGAAUUUUUCACAUGCAGUCUCCCUGCAUCUGGGGAAUAAUAAACUGCAGAACAUUGAGGGAGGAGCCUUUCUUGGGCUCAGUGCAUUAAAGCAGUUGCACUUGAACAACAAUGAAUUAAAGAUUCUCCGAGCUGACACUUUCCUUGGCAUAGAGAACUUGGAGUAUCUCCAGGCUGACUACAAUUUAAUCAAGUAUAUUGAACGAGGAGCCUUCAAUAAGCUCCACAAACUGAAAGUUCUCAUUCUUAAUGACAAUCUGAUUUCAUUCCUUCCUGAUAAUAUUUUCCGAUUUGCAUCUUUGACCCAUCUGGAUAUACGAGGGAACAGAAUCCAGAAGCUCCCUUAUAUCGGGGUUCUGGAACACAUUGGCCGUGUCGUUGAAUUGCAACUGGAAGAUAACCCUUGGAACUGUAGCUGUGAUUUAUUGCCCUUAAAAGCUUGGCUGGAGAACAUGCCAUAUAACAUUUACAUAGGAGAAGCUAUCUGUGAAACUCCCAGUGACUUAUAUGGAAGGCUUUUAAAAGAAACCAACAAACAAGAACUAUGUCCCAUGGGCACCGGCAGUGAUUUUGAUGUGCGCAUCCUGCCUCCAUCUCAGCUGGAAAAUGGCUACACCACUCCCAAUGGUCACACCACCCAAACAUCUUUACACAGAUUAGUAACUAAACCACCAAAAACAACAAAUCCUUCCAAGAUCUCUGGAAUCGUUGCAGGCAAAGCCCUCUCCAACCGCAAUCUCAGUCAGAUUGUGUCUUACCAAACAAGGGUGCCUCCUCUAACACCUUGCCCGGCACCUUGCUUCUGCAAAACACACCCAUCAGAUUUGGGACUAAGUGUGAACUGCCAAGAGAAAAAUAUACAGUCUAUGUCUGAACUGAUACCGAAACCUUUAAAUGCGAAGAAGCUGCACGUCAAUGGCAAUAGCAUCAAGGAUGUGGACGUAUCAGACUUCACUGACUUUGAAGGGCUGGAUUUGCUUCAUUUAGGCAGCAAUCAAAUUACAGUGAUUAAGGGAGACGUAUUUCACAAUCUCACUAAUUUACGCAGGCUAUAUCUCAAUGGCAAUCAAAUUGAAAGACUCUAUCCUGAAAUAUUUUCAGGUCUUCAUAACCUGCAGUAUCUGUAUUUGGAAUACAAUUUGAUUAAGGAAAUCUCAGCAGGCACCUUUGACUCCAUGCCAAAUUUGCAGUUACUGUACUUAAACAAUAAUCUCCUAAAAAGCCUGCCUGUUUACAUCUUUUCCGGAGCACCCUUAGCUAGACUGAACCUGAGGAACAACAAAUUCAUGUACCUGCCUGUCAGUGGGGUCCUUGAUCAGUUGCAAUCUCUUACACAGAUUGACUUGGAGGGCAACCCAUGGGACUGUACUUGUGACUUGGUGGCAUUAAAGCUGUGGGUGGAGAAGCUGAGCGACGGGAUUGUUGUGAAAGAACUGAAAUGUGAGACGCCUGUUCAGUUUGCCAACAUUGAACUGAAGUCCCUCAAAAAUGAAAUCUUAUGUCCCAAACUUUUAAAUAAGCCGUCUGCACCAUUCACAAGCCCUGCACCUGCCAUUACAUUCACCACUCCUUUGGGUCCCAUUCGAAGUCCUCCUGGUGGGCCAGUGCCUCUGUCUAUUUUAAUCUUAAGUAUCUUAGUGGUCCUCAUUUUAACGGUGUUUGUUGCUUUUUGCCUUCUUGUUUUUGUCCUGCGACGCAACAAGAAACCCACAGUGAAGCACGAAGGCCUGGGGAAUCCUGACUGUGGCUCCAUGCAGCUGCAGCUAAGGAAGCAUGACCACAAAACCAAUAAAAAAGAUGGACUGAGCACAGAAGCUUUCAUUCCACAAACUAUAGAACAGAUGAGCAAGAGCCACACUUGUGGCUUGAAAGAGUCAGAAACUGGGUUCAUGUUUUCAGAUCCUCCAGGACAGAAAGUUGUUAUGAGAAAUGUGGCCGACAAGGAGAAAGAUUUAUUACAUGUAGAUACCAGGAAGAGACUGAGCACAAUUGAUGAGCUGGAUGAAUUAUUCCCUAGCAGGGAUUCCAAUGUGUUCAUUCAGAAUUUUCUUGAAAGCAAAAAGGAGUAUAAUAGCAUAGGUGUCAGUGGCUUUGAGAUCCGCUAUCCAGAAAAACAACCAGACAAAAAAAAUAAGAAGUCACUGAUAGGUGGCAACCACAGUAAAAUUGUUGUGGAACAAAGGAAGAGUGAGUAUUUUGAACUGAAGGCGAAACUGCAGAGUUCCCCUGACUACCUACAGGUCCUUGAGGAGCAAACAGCUUUGAACAAGAUCUAGGUCAUGUAAUCUUACUUCAUACAGAGGACAUUUAUUUAAUGAUGAAAGUGCCUUUUGUUGACUUCUAACUUCCAAAUACUAUAUUAUCAAUAGGCAUGGAGGCAGGUGUUUCCAAGGGUGUCUCAUUAACUGUAGCUGCAAAGAUGUGUCAAGUAGAAGAGAAUUUGUUUAAUAGAUUUUACUACAUAAAACCUAUACUGUGGAGUCCUGUGGGGAUACUGCAAACUCUAUUGCCAAAGGGAUGCUUUAUACACAUAAUACUGAAUUUAACCUCAAGAGGCAAAUCUGUUUUGUACCCCAAUGCAAAACCUUCAUCUCUUUGUGCUUUGUAAAGCAAACUCAAGAAAACUGGUACACCUGUACCAGCUGGGUCCUUUAUCUUGCACGUAGAUUAAGUUGGUGGAACUGGAAUAAUCCUUUUGAUUUGUGGCAUUGUAACAACUCCGUGUAAAGAUUAUCUGAAAAGUAAAAAAAAAAAAAAAAAAAAAAAAAAAAA